AUGUUCAUUUGGUGUUUUCUCCCGUUUUCUAGUCCCUACAAAAACCACAAGCCAAAUGCUUUGUAUGAGAAGGUAAAGAUGGAUCACAAACAGAUCAUGAUGGAGCUAAACAAUUUUGUGAGUGAAAACACCGAGACCUUAGAGAAUUUCAAGAAGCUGAGCAAGGAGACAGUCUUCUAUCGGGAUCUGCACAGCCGACUACUGAUGGAAAGGACUCAGCUAAAGAAGAAGGUGGACGAACUAAGGCAGGAGGAAAGGAAACUGCAGAAUGAUUGGACCGUGAUGAAGUACCACCUGGAGGAUUUGAAAUUGAUCCUUAAUGACCAAGACGAAGAGAUCAGUUACCUCAAAAUCCAGCAACAACAGGAGCUCAAGAGAUUGGAAGAAAGCUUUCAGUUCCUGCAGAAGCAGAGGGAAAUGGUCAUGCAGGAAAAGCACUUGGUCCAAAAGCUGCAGCAUCACUUUCAGGUCUCUCAGAUGAGGUCUAAAACUCUGCAGACUCAUCUGGAACAGGCCACUGCCCAGGAUGAGAGCCACCAGCAGAAAGAUCUCCAGGAAGAACUAGGUGCUGAGUCCCAUCCCCAGCAAUACUGA